AGUUGCUGUUGGACCGUCGCACGUAACGCACGCUGCAGCGGAACUACUGGGUUUUCGUUCGGAUCGGAAUUCGCAUCGAGUUUGGGCUUCGGUUUCGGCUGCUUCGGACUAAUCGGUCGGUUUGGUCCGCUUGAUCGGUUGGUGAACUGCAAACUCGGCGGCCUGCAUUCGGCACUUGUGAUUGAUGGACUGCAGUUGCUCCGCAAACUCUGACCUCUGAGCCCGGACAAUCUGUGACUUGAGCGCCCUGCUUUUUAUGAGGGUCGUCUCGCUGACCGAUUCCAAAAAACGACCAUAAACGGAGAAUAUAUCAAAUAAAAAGUCCAAUUUCGGUUUUUUUUGUUGCCGGGUUUUCGAUUUAGGAUUUCGCAUUUCGCAUUUCUCGAGCUUGUCGACGUCGUGUGCGCGGUCUUCAUAAAUUAUAAAAGAGCGCAUUUCGCGAACGACUUGCAAAUAAAUAAGCAUUUACGCUUUUAUUAUUGCCCGGCGUGUGUGUGUUCGUUGUUGGUGAGAGUGUGUGUGUUUUUGGAGCAGGAGCAGCAGCAGUUCUUCGGAAAAAGCUCCCAUGUGGCGCAAGCCGGGGGAAUAAAAUAAAACCGAACCGAGCGCUCCCCACUUAAAAUAUCAUCUUUGCAUACAAUCAACAUCUAGCCAUAAAAGUGUCUUCGUCCAAUGAGCAUUUCGGGAUCCGCUCUGAUUUGUGUGUGCUGAUAAGCCAGUGAUUGCCCCAAACCGCGCUCCUCGCAGCCCCCACAUAAAGAUAUCCAAAGCAGAAAAUGCUUAGCUGUCUCGGAGACACCGCGGCGUAUACUUAAUCUUGUCAACGGGCCAAAGCACGGCUAAGCAAACAUGAACUGCCUCUGUCGCCCAUCACGGAUUAUGUCCGUGCGCAUUAAUUUGCUGGAUGAAACCGAGUUCAUACACGAGAUCAAGGAUGAUUUGCCCGGCCAGGCUCUGCUGGAUGUCGUCUUCGCCAGGCUCAAUUUAAUCGAGACCUCAUACUUCGGCAUACGUUACAUAGACGAGGAGAAUCAGACGCAUUGGCUCGAUCCUGCGUCGCGUAUUUCUCGCCAACUCAAGCCCAAGUCGGAUCCUUAUGACUUGUAUUUCGGUGUGAAGUUCUAUGCCGCCGAUCCCUGCAAGCUGCUGGAGGAAAUAACUAGGUAUCAACUUUUCCUGCAAGUCAAACAGGAUGUUCUGCAGGGACGACUGCCUGUGGCCUUUGAGCUGGCCGCCGAGUUGGGAGCCUUUGUGGUGCAAUCCGAACUUGGUGACUAUGAUCAGCGGCGCCACUCGAAGGGCUAUGUGUCCGAGUUCCGGCUGCUUCCUAACCAGAGCAACGAGCUGGAAACCCGCGUCUCCGAACUCCACCAGCAGCUCAAGGGAAUGUCGCCCUCCAGUGCGGAGCUCAACUAUCUGGACAAAGUCAAAUGGCACGAUAUGUACGGCGUGGAUUUGCAUCCCGUUCUGGGCGAGGACAGCGUGGAGUACUUCCUGGGCCUGACUCCGAGCGGGAUUGUCGUGCUGCGCAACAAGACGACGGUGGCUCAUUACUAUUGGCCGCGCAUUGCCAAAGUUUAUUAUAAAGGACGCUAUUUUAUGCUCAGGAUAAGCGAUAAAAAUAACGAGCUGAGCACCUACGGAUUCGAGACGCCUCGCAAGUCGGCCUGCAAGCACCUAUGGCGCUGCUGCGUGGAACACCAUGCCUUCUUCAGGCAGGUGCGAGUGGCCCCUCUGCCCAGUUCGCAGUCGCAUGCCGCCGAUUUGUUCCAACUGGGAUCGCGCUUCAGGCACAGUCGCCCGGACAAGCAAACGGAGAAUAAUGCACUUUCCGCCGGACGAUCGCCGCCUGCCUUCACCCGUACUCCCUCGAAGCGCCAGCCGCGCCGCGUGAUUGAUGACUUUUUUAACAGCAACGGCAACGGCAAUGGAAAUGGCAAUGGCCAUGGCCAUGGCCAUGGAGCAAGUGGCGCGGGAACAUUAGGAGGCGGCAGCCACAUGGGCAACAGGCCGUUGCCCCAGCCCGGAAUGGGCACCAUCUCCAACAACUACGACAGCCCCUAUCGCUCCACCUACAGCAUACCCACCAGCUUGGGCAUCAGACCUUGCCAUCAGCAGCAGAACAACAACUCCAGCAGCUACAACAACAACAGCGGGGGCAACCUGCAAACGCCCGACUCGCCGAGGAGCACCCGGAGUGCUCCCUGGCCCCGCUCCCAGCAGAGAUCCCUCUUCGGGCACAAUCCGUCGAGUCCGCGAUCCGUGAGAUCCGCGAGUACGGCAGGCGGUGGACUGCACCACCAUCACAGCCACCACAGCCACGGUCACGGUACCAGCCACCAUCCGCACCACCAAUCCUCGUCAGCGGCAGCCACCUCCUCGACCUCGCACCACCACCGUCAGCAGCGGGCCAGCUCCUCAUCCGCCUCCCAUCAGCAGCAGAGAUACCGCUCCAGUUCCGUGGAGAGCCACUCCUCCAACGACUCGCGGUCCACGCGCAAGCAUAAGCACCGUCAUCGCCGCACCUCAGAUAAUGAAAGCGAGCUUUCCCGAGGAUCAGGUCGGUCCGGAAGAUCAGGACGUUCGCAUCAUCGCAAGCACCGCCGUUCGCACCGGCAUCGAAGGGACUCAGCCGGAGGAUCCGAUCACGACAGCACACGAGGACGCAGCUACUCCGGUCAUCGCAGCUCCUCGAUGAGAAGUGGAAGUGCCGAGCUUAUAGACUCCACAUCGCAGUGGAGGGAAGUGCAACGACGCCAGGCGGAGGCCAGUUUGGGCCAGAGUUCCGUGCAACAGGCAGCGGUUUCCAAGAGCAGCAUGGUGGCCAGGAGUCUCCACAGCAACGACAGCCACUCGGACACCCAUUCGCACCACAAAUCCAGAAGGCACCGCAAAAACAAAUCCCCAUCGGAAUCACGAAGCCGCAUGUGGAACAGUGAGCUGGCGAAGCACCUACAAUUCGAUCUGGUGGACACGGAGGGCAUGUCGGAGCAGCAGUUACGGGAGAUUCCCUACACGGUGGUGGAGACCACUUCGAAGAGGUCCAACUCUAACUUGAAGAUCCACAAGAGCAACAGCAAGAGUAGUGUGGGAGCCAAGAGUACGGGCUCUGGCAACACCAUUACCAAUGGCAGUGGAUCUGGAAAUGCGGGUCAGGCCAGGAAUCGCGUCGAUCGCAUCAGGGGACUUUACUAUCAAAGCACGCAUCCACACGAGGCCAACGGAGGUCCUGGAGCUGGAGGCCAUGCGCCAAAGAAUGGAUCCAUCCGCUCGGCCAGCACUAUAUCUUCAAGGGAGUGUGAACGGAAUAAUGGUCUAGUUAGAAUGAUGUCCAGCAUGAGCAUGGGUGACUUUAUCUCGCCCACUGGCUCCAAUCUGAGUCCUUUGGAGAACUCGGCUCUGCGGGUGUCCCACGAGCACACUGACUCUGGACUGGGAGCCGAUCAGGAUUAUGCAUACUCAUCGGAAAGAUCCAGCGACAGCACUCGCUAUGGCACCAACAAAUCCUCUGGCGCCUCAAGCGGAUCGCACCGGAAGUCGGGGGGCAGUGCCGGGGGGAACUACAACAACCUGAUGCAGCAGACCGUGAGUAACCAGCAACAGCAGCAGCGCUCGCUGUUCGCGCAGCAGCAGCGCCAGCAGAAGAGCACCUACAAAUACGCCACCUCCUCGCCAUCGUCCACUAACCCAGGGAGCUCCUCGGGACUGGCGCCCGUCCACAACGCGGGCUCGAGUUCCAAUCCCAGCUCCAGCCAAAACCCCAACAGCGCUACUAACUCAAAUCAACAGUCGCCGGCUAAUCGCCUGCUCCACUACACGACCUUUGAGAACAACCAGUACAAGUUCAGUCUGAACAAUGCGCUGGCCAAGAGCUCCAAGGGCGUGGUGAGCGGAGGAGGCAGCAUUAGCAAUCUGGCCGGCAACAUGGUAACAUCUGGUGGUGUCGGUGGUCCAGGUUCUCAAGGUGGUGGUGGUGCUUUCAGCCGGCAGCGCAGCUUCGUGGAGUGGCCCAGCAAUCCGGCGUCGCCCUACUAUUACCAAGGUCCGUCCACGCACGUGGCGCAGGUGAAGCGCCGGGAUGCCAAGUCGGAUAUUGGGGUGCCCACCCGGCGGCUCUCCGGACAGAGUCUGACCAAAACGCAACUCCUGACGGGCGGCGGGAACUCACAGUUAGCGAACGCAGGCUGUUAUCCGUUGCACUAUGCGAGCAGCAAUGUUUCGGGCGCGGGCUACAAUCGUCCCUCAGGUCAAAGAUCAGGUGGCAACGGCUCCUCCUCCGGAGGUUUUGGCCUUCAGCCAGCCAAAUCGGACCUCUUCUUGUCCUACAUCCACGGCGGGGAGUACGAAAGACCCUACAUUUACAACUACAAGAUGCCGCAGAUGCCGGGUGGAGCCGGGGCAGGAGCUGGAGCAGGAGCAGGAACGGGAGCAGUGGGUUCCCCAAAACAACAGACCACCGCUUACCACAUUUCUGGGUCGCAGACCGCAGAUCCGCCGCCACCCCCUCCUCCUCUGUACGGCGGCACGGCGCCCGCCAACGACGUCAUGUACUAUCAGUUCGACAAAGGAGCCGCCGUCGCUGCCGGACCUCCUUCCACGUCGUCCUCGUCGCCGCCCAUUGUCCAGCAGCCACGGCAAACGGGCGGUCCAUUAGUGUAUCUGCAACAUGGCCAGAAUCCAUCUGUGCCCGAGGUGCAGCAGUCAACUACGCACUCCUCGCACUCCUGCAGCGAGGAGGACGAGGCCAUGAUUGUCCUGGAGGCCCUGCAGAUGGACGCGCAGACCACCAACGACGAGACCGAAGACACCGAAGACGAUGAGGCCGCCGAGGCCGAGGACAUUUUUGAUGCGGAUGCUCCUUUGAUGUCCCCCACGGGCAGCCACAAUAGCUCGAAUAACAAUAACAACAGCAGCGGCAGCGGCAGCAACAACUGCAUCGCCAACAACAACAGCUGCGGCGGCGGCGGCAUUCGUCAAUCCAAUCCAUCGAGCAAUAUUAAUUUCGAUAAUUGCAAUGCGAAUGUCUACUGUGGUCAGCAGGCAAAGCAACUAGGGCCAAUUACCAGCGGCAACCAAACGUUAAAUUGUCCCACAUUGAACGCAAAUGCAAAUGCAAAUGCGAAUGCGAACCCGAAUCCGAAUCUGAAUCUGAACCCGAAUCCGAGUAGCCACACCACCAAUAGUCACUCCAGUAGCCAAGCGAAUGCGAAUGCGAGUCCCCCACCCAACACCACCAACAAUAUCACAGCAGCAACUUUAGUUGCAGGUGCAGCAGCAGCAGCAACUGGCACGGCAGCAACAUCAGCUGCCACCAACCUGCAACAAAAUCAAAACAUUUCCUCCAGCUUAGAGAUAAUCCUUUCGCCAAUUAUCCAAAGUAGUCGACGCUAACAAGAAGUAAUACCGAUACCGACCUCUGACCUGCAUGCUAAAACCGAGGAACAACAGAAGUGACUUUUCCUUUAGAUGGAAAUGUAUGCAAUUUUUUUGCUACCCAGGUGGUUCAGCGUUGAGUUAUUGUGUCUAUCUGCUAUUGUUACGGAUUGCAUUGAAGUUCUAGCUUUGAGAUGUUGGCAAAAACAUAAUGAGUUGAAAGCCCUUUGUUCUGUUACCCCGAUUCGUCCUCCCCUGCCAAGCAUUAAACUUUAUUGAACAGCGCGGGAAAUUUAAAAGAACUCAACCCCAAAAACCAGAUACACGACAGCUCCUUUAAGUGUGCGAAAACAAAACGAAACGAAAACAUUAUAAAUUAUGUAUUAAUGUGCCCGUUAGGCUUACGCAACGCGGAAAUGUCGGGACCUCCCAGCUGCCAAUUUUCAAUUGCCUUUGGGCCAAGAUAACAAUCGACUUGGGGGCCAGGACAAUGGCAAAGACUCUCAGGCAAACAUUCAUUUUCAUUUCAAUUUCGCUUGCCAGCUCCUUGCUUUCGUUCUGGAUUUACAUUUGAUUUGACUGCCUUUCCCCAUUUCCCCCAUUUUUGUGCCUCGACAUUUUUCCGCCUGGCGGGGCAGCACAGAAACGCACAAAUAUUUAUGUAAGCUAGGAAAUUCGACAGCCUCUUUACAAAUGAAUAGGUUAAUGUCAUCGGGGUGGAAUCUGCUCUUUUGUUUACGAGCCCAACUUGGGGCAAAUUGACUUUAAACAUGUCAAUUUAAAUUUUGGGACCCCCACCCAGCCAGCCAGCCAGCCAGCCAACCCAGCAGCCCUCAUUAACGGCCACCCGGAAAAGUAUGCUCUGGCAAACGUAGAAAUAUUACUCAUACGCCGCAUUGCACGCAGCCAUUGAAGCAACAAAACGACAAUUUCACAACAAAUUAACCAGCCAGCCAACCAAACAGCCAGCACUCGCAUAUCCGAGUGGAUGUGAAAGCCCGGGACAUUCAUUUCGAGCUGGGAAUUGCAAGUAAAUGACCUUCAAACUCGAUAAGCGAAAACAAAACAGGCGAAAGUGCUAAAAAUAUACAUAAUUUUCAGCACACGAAGACAAAGGUCCCUCGCACAUGCACACAUGAAAAUAUGAUAGGACACAAAACACACCCACAGUCACACAUUAAAGUAUAUGUUGUGUUGCCGGGUGGGUAAAUGAUAUUUCUGCCGGCUCGAUGGCCCGAUGCCAAUGUUUCUGUGACUCCGACCCGCACAUAAAUACAAAUUUCAACAAAACAACAGGCCACAAAACAAAAAUAAACCCACAAAAAAAUAAGCGAUGAAAGCAAAAAGGCGCAGUGUUGGCAACAACAGGAGCAGCCAGUAAAAAGAACCAAAAAAAAACAACCAGGCUAGGCAAACAUUUCAUAUCGUAGAAAUACUUUGGAGCCAAAUAAACAACAUUUUGUAGAAGCACAAAAAAGGCAUAACAAACAGUUGAAAGGGAAAAUGGUUGGCCCGAGGGGCUUAGAUGACCUCGGGUUACUCUCUAUUUGAUUAAGAUAAAUAUUUGAGGUCAGCCAAUAUUUGGAAAGUAUUUCGCUGGAAGUGGUUAGAAAUCAAAUGUGAAUGGACCUAAUAUAAUAAAUAGGAAAUACCAUGGUUUACAAUUGUUAAUCAAUUUCAACAGUUUUGGAAGCUUUAAACAAUAUCCGAUGGAUGCUUUAUAAAAAUGACCUUGCAACACUUCACAACUUAAAUGCAGUUCCCUUUGCAACACACAGCCCCAACUUGGAAAGGGUAUUUCCACAAAGGGUCUGCGUGUUCGACCUUGGUACAACGACUGUUCUUGUUUUAGAUUAGAGCCCCCGGUCUCCCAACCCCUUGGCCCGUCGAAUUCGGCCAUUUGGAGCCCAUCGCGACUUGUAGCUAGGCCACACGCCACCAGCAACAAAGGGACUCGGGGAAACUUUACGCACUUUUGUCACAGAAAGAAAAUAGAAAACGAAAACGAGAGCGGUGGCGCAGGGAAAGUGCUGAAAAUGUGGAAAGUGCCCGAGUGGCAAUCGUAAAUUUGACGCACAUUUUUGCCCGAGGGCGGAGAGAUAAGCUUAUGAAUGGCUAUAUAAAAACUCACCCCAUUUCCACACAUAAUGUGGAGUGACUUUUUUCCAGGAUUUCUUUUUGGUUUAUGAUUAAAUUAAGUAAUUAUUUGUGGAGCGGCGCCAACUGAAAUGAUAAAAAGUAUUCAAUUUGUGGCAGUUGCUGCGAUAAAACUGAAUUUACUGCGGCCAUAAACUGCGUGGCGGCACUUGAACUAUAUUUUGGUAAAUUUAUUUCGAAUUGAAGAGCACCAUAACGCAUACGCACCGUAGUCGCUGAACAAACUAACAAGC